AUGCUUAACAGGUGUGGAAAUGCUUUAGCAAAUAUAAUCGCCAUUGUGGCCUUGAAUAAUACUAAUAUAAUAGCUAUUAUAAUCAAUGCAUCAGAUGAUAUUCCAUUACCAGCAUUACCAGCUGGAGCUACUGACAUUACAGUUAUUCUAACACAUAAUAUUCAUACAGAUAAGGAUUGGUCUCUUGUUAGAGGGUGUCUUGUAGAUACUGAUAUAAUAACAAAUACACCAAAUAGAAUUUUAAAUAAUAAUAACCAUAUAGUUUUUCCUAAUAUUAAUAUUUGUCAGAUUAUUUAUUGGUUUAAAGAAAUUAUCCUACAGUUAUUCGAGAGCAACAGGAAUUGA